UCUUGAAUCUAUUCCACACCUUAUUCUGGAACCUAUAGAUAAUGACACUUUGAUUUAUCAUGUAUCAUUUAUUGAGAAUAGUAGUAGAGCACAGAGUGAUAUACCUGAAUCAUUUCUGACAGAUAGAGAAUUUUAUGCACAAAGAAAAAAACAGGCAAACUUCUGUGUCUGAUAAAUCUGAAAAUUAUAAUUCUGUGACAGAUGGAGAAUCGAUGCACAAAGAAAGAAACGGUGAAACUUCUGUGUCUGAAAAAUUUGAAAAUUACAAUUCUAUGACAGAUUACACAUUAAAUGGUGAUAAAGAAAGUGUUCAAGCUUUAACUUUCUUCAAAGGAAACCUGGGUCAUCUCAACUUAAGCUCCAGAUCUGAGGAUAGACCAGCACUUUCAGAGAAUAUGAGAAAGAAAUGUCUAAAGCUUCUUGAAAGGUAUCCUAAUGGCAUGUAUGCAUCGAAUUUCCCUUCAUAUUUUGAGGAAGUUAACCUUCUUACAUUUGAUCUUCAUAGUCUGGGGUAUCACAGUCUGGCAGAUUUUAUUGAUGAUCUUCCAGAUAUAUUCACGAGGACAUCCAUUGCUGGUAGCAAAAAGGACUGGGUAAUUUACCCUGCAAGUUCUCGAGAUACAGCUGCUGUUGAAAAUGUUAAUCUGUCAAAUGGCAGCAUCUUUCAUAUUGAAAGUAUUAUUCUGAAUACAAGGAAAAUAUUGCAAGGCUAUCCUGAAGGCCUUACUUUAGACAAUUUUCUUCAUGUAUAUAGUAUUAACUGCAAUGAGCCAUUAUAUGUCAGAGAUCUGGGUUUUGAUAAACUUGAACAUUUCCUCCUAAGUAUAGCUGAACGUGUGCCUUUGAAAGUGGAAACAAGUGGUAACUCAAAAACUGUUCAUUUUAUAACAUAUGAUGACAUCCCGAUAAAACCACCUGUAAGUGCUCCUGCAGUUUUUGAAAAGGAGGCUCUUCCAUCUGAUGCUGCUUCCCCAGAUUCAAAAUUUGUAUUGCACCAGCUCCCAUCUGACUUUGAUUAUUCCAAAUAUAUGCCAGUUUAUACAUCAUCAAUAUUUAGCCCUGAUCUUAUAUACCUUCAAAUACAAGGAACUGACACUACAGAUGCAUUGUCAAUACUUAGUGAAGAAUUAGAUUCAUUUUAUCGUGGAUCAUUGAGUAAUAGCUACAAAAUGAAGAAUGCCCAUAUAAAAGUAGGAGCUGCAUGUGCAGCUCUGUGGCCAGGAGAUAAUCAUUGGUACAGAGCAAAAAUCAUGUCAAUACCUUCAAUGGAAAUGGUGCAGCUUUUUUAUGUUGAUUAUGGUACAAAAGAAGUAGUCCCGGUAUCAUUACUUAGAUACAUUCGGCAAAAACACAUGAAAUUGCCUGCUCAAGCUUUAAAAUCUCAACUUGCUUUCCUGAAACCUAAGGAAGAGAAUUGGAAUCUUGCUGUCAAGAGAAGGCUUUUAAGUCUAUGUCAAGAUGUUUCAUUGAUGGCUAAGAUAGAAGAAAGAAGUAUUGAUGGAACACUCUCUGUGAUUCUUUGUGAUACAAAUGGAGAACAAGAUAUCUAUAUUAAUGAUAUCUUAUUGAAGGAAGGGUUUGCAGAAAAUAAGAGUGCUUUGUAUCCCCAGUUAGGUGGCCAAGCUGCCUAUGGGAUUAAUAUUCCUCCAUUCCAAGCUGAAGGUGCCCAGCAUUUCCAGAGAAGCCCAUAUGCUGUUGUUGGUUCUCCACCAUCUACUGUAAAUGAUGUUGCUCUUAGUUUAUUGCAAAAGUUGACUUUAUGUUAUGCACAGAAUCCUCAGCUGAAGCAGCAGCAUAUCCAAAGUGGAUUUCUGAAUCCAUUUUUUAAUUUACCCUCUAGCACUAUGCUUGGGAAUCCUAGUCCUGUAAUGAAUCCUCUUCUAGCCUCUACUGGAUUAGUUGGACUUUCUCCUUUGACCCCUCCAUAUACUCCCAGUGCAUAUUUAGUUAACAUGUCAGAAUACCCAAGUCCACCUUCUGCUGAACUUAAUAGGCAACCUGUGAAACCAAAAUUUCCAUCUAGUAAGGAAAUGAAGGAAACAAAGAAACCAUCACUUGAUGAUUCUGAGAACAGUGAUGUAUUUGAUGAUGUUGAUGAUGAGAGGUUCCAGGAAUUUUAUGAAAAAGUAUUAUCUCCCGUUAGAAAAAGACUUGUAAAAAGGAUUAAUUUUGGGAAUGGCUAUGUAAUGCAUAUCAUUGUUUGGAAUUCAUUACCAUAUGUAUCAAGUGGAGAUAUUUCAGCUCUUAUUUGGUACAAUAAAGAAGCUGAUUAUUUAUUUCGUAGGUUACAACUUAAAGAAAUUACGUUUCCAGUAGUUGAUAUAUUUGAAGAAGGAAACGAAGAAUUAUUUAAUCAACUUAAAAGGUAUAAUGUUAAAGGUAUCCAAAAAGUUACCAGUUCAAAAUCUUGCGUUCAUCUUUAUCCUUUAUCCUGUGUCAUUAAAAUAUUGAACAUGUUUGGACAUCCAUCUGCCACAUUAAGGGUUAGAAUUGUGGAUGAAAUAUCCAGCUUCAAUUUAUCUGAUCCGAUAUGGCAAGAAUUUUCAGAAUCAGAAGCAAAUGAGAAUGAAGAAGUAGAAGUUCCAGAAACUGAUGAUGACAAGAUCAGCAGGCUUUGCCUCUUUGAUUUGCUUGCAAUGAAAGAAGGCAUUCGCUGUAGAAGGCUAAAAAUGGUAAACAAACUGAACGGUCCUGAGAAUUAUCAGUGUGUUGAAGAGAUUGAAAAGCUUGAACAGUUGCAUGAGAAAGUUUUAGAACGAAUCCAAGAAAUUAAAGAAGUGUGUGAACUUUUCUCAUAGAAAAAAGGGGAAUAAAACAUAAGGAUGAUGAAUUUCUUUCAUGUUUCCAUUUUUUAGUUUUCAGGAAUUGCAGCUGUGAUAUGAAUUGUUAUGUAUAUAUUCUGUAGGAGAUGUGUAAAGGUGUGUUUUUGUCUGUUGUUUGCCUUACACAGAAAAUUAUUUUUAUUUGAAAUUGGAACUUUGUAUUGUUAAUAAGUUUAACAAUGAAGCAAAAACUACACAUUCCUGUUAUUUGUAUUAAUUUUAGUCCAUGUAAGAAGAAACUAGGAUAAUGGAGUGAUAUCUAUUUUUAAUGUCUAUAAUUUUUUAAUAUGUUUGUAGAAAAACCAAAUCAUUGUAA